CCGGUGUAAACAACUUCGCGAUGGACAAAUUCGUUGUGAGGAAAAAAAGAGACAACACAGUUGAUAAACCUUCAGGACAAGAGAAAAGGGGCCUGAAACAAACAACAAUUGAUUCUUUAAAGGGAGUAGUAGUUGUUGAAGAGAUCAAGAGAGCCAAGGCCAUUUUAAAGCAGCCAACCACAACAGUAAAUCAGAUGAUAGAGUGCUUAUUAGGUCUUGAGAAGAAGAUACCAUCAAGAAAGGUGUUAAUGGAGACCAAAAUAGGAAAUGUGAUUAAUAAGUUGAGAAAACAUGAAAAUGAAGAAGUACGCCAACAUGCAAGGCAAGUGUAUGUCAAAUGGAAGACUCACUUUGUGGAGCACCGAGACAGACCUCAAAUAGAGGUGCAGUGUGAUCUCAGGACAGAGAAAACUCGGAAAGCUGGAAGAAAGUUCAUAUCAGAAGCAUUAGAGCUGCAAGCUGAAGGGGGGCUGCCAGAAAUCAUUGAAAGAGAGGUGUUCUUUAUGAACAACAGAUUUCUUAGUGGUCAGUACAAAAAGACUAUGAGGAAUAUUUGGUUCAAACUUAAGAAUGACCAAGCAAUUAAGGAUCAAGUGUUGAAUUCAUCACUGACUGUGAAGGAACUUAUUCAAAUUAGCACACCAGGAGGAAUUCCAUCUUGACCCCC